AUGUCAAUUCAGGGAAGGCUCGAUCUGCACAAACAUCAGCAAGAAAAAUCUCCGGUCAACCUCACCAUUGCCCCAGCCCAAGCAACGUCGUCGUCCUCAGGAGACGCUCGGGCUCAGAAGUCAACGAGCCAGCCGCCCCCAAAAUCCUCUCCAGACCCGGAUCAAGCUCCUGUGGCCGUCAAAUUCUCCAGUGACACCGAAAGGCUUCAACGUAUCAACGCCAUUAGAAACGCCCCCGUUGGUGCCCAGAUCAAGAGCGUCGUAGAACUUCUGAGGAAGGUAGGGCUCUUCCAUUCUUCUUCUCAGUACACACUGUUAACUAUAAAUGGAAAGUCUCUGAAUAUAUUCCGCAGACAAGGCAAGCUCUAACGCCGGAGCAGAUCAACGAAGCCUGCUAUGUCGACAUAAAUAGAAACAAGGCGGUCUUCGCCAGCCUGAGAAAUAACCCCAAGGUCGUCUUCGAUGGAGAGGGCUUCUCAUACAAGGUGUGAUCGAUUUCAUCACCCCAGCGAAGAUCUUAAAAGCUCGUUGGACUGAUCUUCAGAUUGAUCCUCCAGCCGACCCACCAUCUGAGGGGGAAGGAACAGCUGCUCUCACUGAUCCGAAAGUUCCCGGAAGGCCUCUCCGUCGCUGACGUUAAGGAUGCGUAUCCCUCCGUCAUGGAGGAUCUCCAGGUACAAACUUGCGUCGGAAUAAUCACAUAUUAAACGAUUGAAAAAAACAAUACAGUCGCAUUGCUGAUUAAAUUCAUCCAUUCCUGAAUCGUCCCUGCUGACGCUUCUUUCCCAAGGCCCUGAGAGAGGCGGGCCUGGUGCGGGUCCUGUCGAACCUCGAGGCGAAGGAGGACGUCGUUUACCCCGACGACCCGAAGGCGGCGAUGGAGGUUGAUGAUGCUCUGAAGCAGCUCUUCCGGUCGGUCGAGCUCCCUGGGGACAUGCUCGACCUGGAGAGGGAGCUGCAGAGGAGCGGGAUCCGGCCCGCCACCGACACCGCCGCCAGGAGGCGGGCGGCGGGGCGGGGCCUCCCCGGGGCGAAGUUCGUGAGGAAGAGAGAGAUCAGGAAGAGGACGAAGCUGACGAAUGUCCACUUACCGGAGCUCUUCCGGAACUUGAAUCUCCCCAGAACCUGA